UCCGCAUUGCCGCAACCGUCAUUUCUUUUGGGGAACAAAGGGGUGGUUUUGGUGCCAAAAGUCUCACCGAGUUCUUCGCAGGUUGCGUGGCUGCCUGUUACGGGCUUAACUGGCAUUUGGCUCUAUGGUCAAAAUGUAGACAUGUCUCAUCUACUACAAGGCAAUGGAAAAGGCAAAAGCCGCGAUUAUCAAUCAAAUAUAUUUCUUCAGCCAUCACCUGCGGCACAAAAUGUCUCCCCGUCAAUACCUGGAGGCGGCGGUCCGCUGGGAUCUUCGGUCGGGAUGAGCCCUCCAACCGGCCGCAAUAACACUCACCGGGUGCCGGAGCCGGCAUCUCCUGGCUUCGAUGACCGUCGCGGCCAAUUCGGCGGCUUGGGAAACAUACCACUACCCCUCAAGAUGAGGCAGGAGUCGACUCGUGCGACCGAUAGGACGGACGCACUAUGGGCCGAGAUGCAGGCCACGCUCGAGGAGGUCGAGCUGUCAGCUAGCGGAGGCACUCGCGUCUUCGGCCCGGACCAUGACCGCAAGCUAGCCGAGCUUCGGGCCGCGCAGAUCGCGCUGGCUCAGGCGUGGGCACGGUCAGAGGCGGAUGAGGCAAUCGAGGACAACGUGCACCAGCGGCAGCAGCGUGGAGGGGCGUCUUCAAAGCUUGGCGGUGAGGGAAGUGCUACGGCUGCGGAGACUGAGCGGCUUGGGGCCAAGAUGGAAGAGGAGACGGAGCUCGACAUCCUACUCGCACGAAAGCGGCGAGAGGCUAAUGAUCGGUACUUUUCGAGAGUCAAUCAGGGCGUUCUGGAUGUCGUGGCAAAGCUAGACGAGGUCGCCCGCGCGAUGAGAGAGGUUGAGCAGGAGAGUAAGGACAUUUGGGAUGGCGGCGAAGGCGAUCACGAUAACGACCACGACCAGACAAGCGUGGCGAGUCAGAGAACCUGAAGUGGAAGUAGCUAAAUAGAGUCUUUGUAUUGCAGGUACAUCUGCAUGCUCAUUGCGGCUAUGCUCGACAUAAAUGGACAACCAAUUGGGAUCAAGUCAAGUUAUUCACUUGGGAAUGUACCUGUGCUGCC